AUGCCGAAACCAAACAAAACUAAAUCAAAGACAGCAGCAUCUCCGUCUCAGCCAGUCGCAUCUACUCCCGUGCCGCCCUCAUGGCCACCCUUUAAGCCCCAUUUGCCCGUUGUUCAUCUGGCCCCCGAGCUGCACGAGGCCACGCCUAUGAUCGCCCUCAUACCUUUCUUCUUCCCUAAGUCGCUGUGCCGAGAUUACGUUGCCUUCCUCCGGACUCUACCUAUGCAGACAACUCCAUCUCGUCCCAAACGUGGUGAGGCCGUGCGUGUCAACGAUCGUUAUCAGAUCCAAGACCCGCUCUUUGCCAGCCGUUUAUGGGAGCAGACGGGUCUCAAGGAGGCCAUCCUCAAUGACAACCCGCAUCUUCAAGAUCUCUGGGGUGGCGAGCCUGUUGGUCUCAAUCCAAAUAUACGAGUGUACCGCUACUCCAAGGGUCAAUACUUUGACUGUCACUAUGACGACUCUAACUCCUUCAUCCUCCCGUCCUCACCCCCUGUACCCGUACGUACCACCUGGACUCUGCUCCUCUACCUGACUUCCGCAUCUGAAGGCUGCAUCGGCGGUGAGACUGUUUUCUACCCAAACGACCGUAGGUCAGCUGCCGAGGAAAUCGUAGUAGCCCUCGAAACGGGUAUGCUCCUGCUGCACAAGCAUGGCAACGAUUGUCUGCUG